UUGACAUCGUCUCAUAAGAUUGCUGACUACACCGUUUAUACAGUACGCCUUGUUUGCAGGAGCGCGACUAACGGCAAUUCCAUCGAAUUUGGUGAUCGCGCCGAGUGCCAGUGCGACUGUUCCGUCAAGCCGGGUUGCAGCGCACAAGUACACAAGUCAUUGGGAUUUGCUGCUGGCGAAUUAAAAGAAAGGAUGUAUGACAUGAUGCGGUUAAGCUAUGCGGAUAUGGCUAAACUUAAGAUGGAAAAGAGGGAGAAGAUGGAUGCUGACCAGCGUUUGUCGGAGGGACGCGCCGCAGCCAAAGAUUCCUGUGAAGGGCUGUCAGCCUCUGGUUUGAACAACGCCAAGCCAGCCAUCGAGGAAGAGAAGAGGUCGAUGUCAAGGAACGGUCAGCGUGCUAAUCGGGAAAUCACUAAGAAUUCGACUGCAAAACCAAAUGGUCGCUAUCGUAGUGAAGAAGUUGUCACCCAGCAACGGCAGCAGGACGCUGUCACGCUGUCUUGA